GUGUGUGCCGGGUCGGGCGGCGGGUGCUGGCUGCCGGGGCCGUGCCGGGCGGUUUGUGCCGGGCGGGGCGGUGCCGGCCGGGGCGGUCCGUGCAAGAGGAAGCGCUGCCGGCGGCAGAAGCGGCCCCGGAGCGGCCGGAGCCGCGCGGUCGGAGUUGGGCAACGUCAGCCAGGCCCCAUGUGCUGACAGCAAGCAGGGACAUGGAUCGUGGGGUCAGCCUGGAGAACCCCUAUGCCAGCGUCAACAUCCCCCGGGAACAGUUCCAGCAAAGCUUCAUCACUCGCUACCUGAAGGAUGAGCCCAUUGUCAUCGCCAACCCUGCAGCUGUGCCCACCUACACAGAGGAGAAGGAGGAUCCCGCUGGCAGCUGGAACAGCCCAACCAUUUCCACGGAGAAGUCCUGGUCCCGUCCCUACAACCCCUAUGCCAGCCUGAGGAUGCCCAACAGGGAAUCGUCCAACUCCUUCUACACUGUCACUCUGGACAAGUCACCCAAGAGCCAGGAGCUGGAGGGCAGUGGGGGAUGUGAGUCCUGCAGGUGCUGCUCCCGCUGUAGGAAGUGCUGCUGUGUCAUCUCCUAAGGGCCCUCGUGGGACGUGCUGACCAUGGGAUGGGGACACGGCACCUGGCAGAGCCGGCACCCGGGAGCAGGCACUGGCUGGACUCUGCUGUUGCCUUUCACCACGAGCUCUGCAGCCAGAUAGGCCUGUAAUUGGCACCUGCCAGCUGCAGAGAGCCCAGUGUGGGGUGUGGGGGAGAAGGGCAGGUCCCCUCUGCCCCACUGAAGCCCAGGAUCCUUAAGGGUGGUGUGUGCCCAUUCAGAUGCCACCAAGAAGAUCCUGUAAUGGGGUUGGAGCAGCACUUUGACCCUGUGAGCCCAUGCACUGACUCUGCCCCUCUGCCCUUGCUGGGGAAUCUCUAGCUCUGGGGACAGUGCAGGCACUGCUGGCUUGCCAGAGGAUGGUUUUGGGUGAUAGCAGCCCUGUGUGUGUGGCAAAGGAGGGCAUUGUCAUGGUCAUCCUCCUUGAGGGAAGCCAGGGACAUGUCUCCAGCCAGGAUUGGGAUCCACAUCCCCAGAACUGAGGGUUCCCCCCACCCACAGCACUGUGGGGAUGGGGCAGCCCCGGUGCCAAGCUCCGCUGUGUACUUCUCCCGCCUGCCACACUGCCUGUGGGACAGAGGAAAGGAGAUGGGAAGGACAAAGUGUGGCAGGGUGCUGGGCAGCGGCCCCAUGGCACAGCAUGGCUGUGGGUGUUAACAUCCCAGUGCCAGGAGAACCCUGGCCUCUUUUGGUUCCUCCUGCC